UCACCAUCUCCAUCCUUUUGAGUUGAGAGCAAAAGGAUAAAGAAGCAAAGAUGAUGAAGCUCAGGUCAAAGAGGUUCUGCAGAAGCUCCACUUUCAGGUUUGGAAGCUUUGUCAGCAGCUGCAACAACAAGAUCAAAGUCGCUGAUGACCACGAUGAGGACGACGGCAGCCUGACUGAAAUCAAGUGGGAGCUCCGGCCGGGAGGCAUGCUGGUGCAGAGGAGAGAGAUCGCCGGUGGAUCCACUUUGACCGGAGAAGAAACCAUCACUAUUAGAGUCUCAACUGUCUCGCAAUUCCAUCAGAUUUCUGUCGAACCCACCUCAACUUUUGGGGAAUUGAAGAUGAUUCUAUCAAUGGUGAGUGGGUUAGAACCAAGAGAGCAAAGAUUGCUAUUCAAAGGGAAAGAGAGAGAGGACGGUGAGUAUCUACACAUGGUUGGAGUGGGAGACAAAGACAAAGUUCUUCUUCUCCAAGAUCCAGCGAUCAAGGACAGGAAGCUUCAUGGGUUGGCCGCAGGGCAGCCAAUUAGUGUAUAAUAAUAAUACAAUUAGUAUCAAUUAAUCCAAAAACAAGCAUGUUUUUGAUACCACUAACCCUCAGGAAAAUGGCAAACUGUUUGUCCUUGAAGGCCUUUUGUUUUGUUUUGUAAGAAUUGUGGUGGUUUUUAAGUAUAAUGUUUGAGCUAUAAUACAAAAUGGCUCGUCUGUAAUGUGCUGAUGCUUGUCUGAGUCAUUAUGUUUGUUGAUUUUUGUAUCCAAACAAAGAUUGAUUCUGAAAGAAUGCAUCUCCAGAUCUCCUAUA